UCCGUGUCUCUGUAAAGCUGACAGCAGACACGAAGCAGAGAUUCGAAGCUAAAAAGUGGAGAGAUGGGGGAGCUAACCGUUGCUGUGGACUACAAUGCAUCGUCUCCUCCACAGUCUCUGUUAGAGAGGCUCAAGGAUUACGGCCAAGAAGACGCAUUUUCCCUCUGGGACGAACUUUCCCCUGAAGAACGACAGCUUCUCGUCAGAGAUAUCGGGAGCUUAGAUCUUCCAAGGAUUGAUCGGAUCAUUCGCUGUUCCCUUCGUUCUCAAGGGCUUCCAGCACCGUCGAUUGAACCAGUGCCAGAGACAUGUGUAUCUACUGUUGAACAGAGAACACUUGAAGAAAGAGAGAGAUGGUGGAAGAUUGGCUUGAAAGCUAUCUUGGAGGGGAGGUUAGCGGUGUUGCUUCUGGCUGGUGGGCAGGGAACACGUCUGGGAAGUUCAGAUCCGAAGGGAUGUUUUAAUAUUGGUCUUCCAUCAGGAAAGUCACUGUUUCAGCUUCAAGCAGAAAGAAUUUUAUCUGUUCAAAGACUUGCAGCUCAGUCUGUAAAUGAGGGCUCGGCUGGUUUUGUGCCAAUACAAUGGUACAUAAUGACUAACCCAUUCACUGAUGAUGCCACACGCAAAUAUUUUGAAAGUCAUAAAUAUUUUGGCCUUGGACCUGAGCAAGUCACCUUUUUUCGGCAGGGUACCAUCCCCUGCAUCUCAAAGGAUUGUAGAUUUAUCAUGGAGACUUCACAUGGAGUUGCAAAGGCACCAGAUGGGAAUGGAGGUGUUUAUUCUGCUUUGAGGUCUUCAAAUCUGUUGGAAGAUAUGGCCAUGAGAGGUGUGAGAUAUGUGGAUUGCUAUGGAGUUGACAAUGCAUUGGUCCGUGUUGCUGAUCCAACUUUCUUGGGAUACUUCAUUGAAAAAAGUGUAGCUGCAGCUGCUAAAGUUGUACGUAAGGCAUACCCACAAGAAAAGGUUGGCGUGUUUGUUCGACGGGGUAAAGGUGGCCCACUCACUGUUGUUGAGUAUAGUGAAUUGGAUUCUUCAUUGGCGUCCAAUAUCAACCAAGUGACUGGACGUCUUCGCUUUUGUUGGAGUAAUGUCUGCCUGCACAUGUUUACUUUGGAUUUCCUGAAUCAAGUAGCAAAUGGUCUCGAAAAAGAUAGUGUUUACCACCUUGCUGAGAAAAACAUCCCUUCAAUACAUGGAUAUACGAUGGGCUUGAAGUUGGAACAAUUUAUAUUUGAUGCAUUUGCUUAUUCUCCUUCAACAGCCCUCUUUGAAGUAUUACGUGAAGAGGAGUUUGCACCAGUGAAGAAUGCCAAUGGAUCAAAUGUUGACACACCUGAUAGUGCUCGCCUGUUGGUUCUCCGCCUUCACACUCGUUGGGUAGUUGCUGCAGGUGGCUUCUUAACGCAUUCAGUACCAUUAUAUGCAACAGGUGUGGAGAUAUCACCUCUUUGCUCAUAUACUGGAGAAAACCUGGAAGCAAUAUGCCGUGGGAGAACAUUUCAUGCGCCCUGUGAAAUUAGUUUCUAGAUUGGAGCUUUUUGUGUGGUUCUUUCUUGAUUAAAUCCAAUUGAGUGGCUGGUUGGUUGAUUCAUAUCUGUCAUAUGGGUAUCUGCUCAAUAGCUAUUGUAAAUCUAAUGUCAGAAUUAGGCGUAUAUUUUCUUCCAAGAGAGAAGCAAGAAAGAAACAUGCGGUAUAUGUUUCUCCUGUUCACCCCUUGAGAGAGGAUCGGUGUAAUUUAAUUGCCUAUUCUAUUCUUUUGUCUGUUCAUCAUGCUUCUUCUCGCCGCAAAAAAUUAAUGACAUUUGAAGUUUUCUGUGAA